AAAGUAGCCCCCUCCUCUCUCUCUCUCUGUAGCACAAACGUGUAAUCAAAGUGCCCCCCUCUCUCUCUAUCUCUCUUUCUCUAGAUAUUACGGUCUUCUUUACCAAAUAAAUUCCCUCUUUCCAUGCCCCCUAUAAAAAUCCUCCCUUAAAACCUCCAGCAAACCCCAAAAACAAAGCAGUUUCCAUUUUGUCUCUCAACAUUUUGACUCUCUUCCUCGCUAUUAGCUCUUCUGGAAGGAGGCAAUCCCAUCAUUAAUGGCGGAACUGAAGGCUCUGGUCCGCGUCUCCACCGUCCUAGUCCCCACCCUUGCCUACUCCUACACUGUGAUACCAAGACUAUCCCCGAAGAUCCCACGCCUCUUGGCAAUCUCACCCGUCCUUUACCUCCUCUUCAUCCUGCCCUGGCAAUUCUCCACCGUCCAUCUCCGAUCGAUAUCGGCCUUCUUCCUCACUUGGCUAUGUUGCUUCAAGCUCGUCCUCCUCUGCUACGACAUCGGCCCUCUCUCUCGACCCUGGAGCACGUCUUCCUUCAUCAACUUCGUGGCGGUGACGGCCUUCCCAAUCAAGGUCAAGGAAGGUGAUGUGCGAGAGACACAAAACAAGAAAAAAAAUGAUGAGAGUAGCAGGAAGAAAACACAACCACCCCACUGCGGCGGCCGCGGCGGCUACAUCUUCAAGACCGUCCUCAACCUUGCCAUAAAGACCUCUCUCCUAAUCCUCAUCAUCUUCCUCUACAACUACAAGCACUUCUACACAUCAACCACCCUCCUAAUCCUCUACUGCUUCCACAUCUUUCUCGCUCUAGAAGUCGUGCUAGGGAGUUGGGCGGUCAUGGCGAAGCUGAUAGUGGGUUCCCAAUUAGAACCCCAAUUCAACAAGCCUUACUUGUCAUCCUCCUUGAAGGAGUUUUGGGGUCAGAGAUGGAAUCUGAUAGUGACCAACAUGCUGAGGCCUACUGUUUACGAGCCAGUGCUGAACCUUUGGGGUGUCUCGGCUCGAGCCGGCAGGCCGCCUUUGGGUGCGAGAGUAGCCGCGCUGAUGGCCACAUUUGUGGUCUCAGGCCUAAUGCACGAGCUCAUGUUUUACUACAUGACUGGGGGCCAGAGACCAAGCUGGGAGGUCACUCUCUUCUUUAUAUUGCAUGGAUUAUUGACAGGGAUUGAGGUUGCCAUUGGGAGGAGGAUUGGGGAGAGUGCUUAUCCGAGAUUUCCAAAAGUGGUUAGGGUUCCAUUGACCUUAGGGAUUGUAAUUUCCACUGGUUCUUGGCUCUUCUUCCCACCAUUGACAAGGAGCGGGGCGGAUGUUAAGGGCAUUAAGGAGUUUGACCAGGUGGUGGAGUGGUCUAGGGAGUGGGUUGGGAAUAUGAGCUUUGUUGGCGCGUGGAGCAAAUGCUUCGGUGAUUGACUUUUUUUCGUUUCCCUUUUAUUUGGAUCUGCUGUACGGCCUGCUUUCUAUUCUAUUGUAUGGUCCUUACUUUUC